CUUCACUUCAAAUACUUAGGCCCAAAUAAUGAUGCAUACAUAUAUAUGUGAAUAGAAAAGCCGAAAGGUUCUUCUCCUGCAAGUCAUCAACAAGCGAGUCAUGGACUCCAGUAGCUUCCCUGUUCCUCACAAAAAGUUCUCUUUGGAAAUCAAGGGGAUCAAAACAGAUGUGGUGAUUUGCUGUUAUGAUGAUCACUUCCUCGUUAUUGCAACUCAAAUAGGAGCUAUGGGAACUAUACUGCAAGCCAGUAAGGAGGAAGGGGCGACAUUCAACCCAACGUACAGCGUGUCUGUAAUCUUUGGCAAGCGAGAUGAGCCAAUGCUAGAGGCAUGUGCUCGUCAACUUGUGGAACACAUCAGUAAUUCACGCUCUUCCAGGCCAUUAAUGCUUUCUCUUGGUCUCAAAGACCAUUCAGCGGAGACAUUGAAAGGCAUUGUUGCUGCUGUUAUCGAGAAUCGCCUGUGGUAAAUUGGUGUUGCUGGACUAAUGAAGUUUGCCAUUGAAGUCUCCAGUUCUUGUAGCUGGACUAAACUCUCACCACAUGUAAUCCAGUUGUUAUGUUUGGAGCAUUAUCAAAGUCGUUAUGUUAUUUAUCGUUGUUUGACUUGUUUCUUGACUUGUUUCCACUUCGUAUGCGCUCAGCAAAUUCCAGACCAGAAUUUGAAAACUGUAACUUAAAAACAAAAGCAGGGUUGUUUACUUGUCCUGCUUAUAAAAUGGUUGUACACUUGUUCUUAAUGAGCGUACCUGUCAUCUUACUUCGUUAAAGAGAACACAUGUCACUGUUUCUCUUUGAUAUAUUGAAUCUAUUCGAUGACUUCAGAGG